GUGGCGACCGUGGGGGUGGGCCCUAGGUCAGGUAUGACCUAUAGACCCCCCACCUCGAUUGGAAGAGUGCCACAGGCAGCGCGGACCAGGAGCCAGAACAAGGCGGGGACCAGUCAAGAGCGCAGCCAGGCGCCCAGCCAGGCACCCCCUCGAAAGGAACCUGAGCCAGGAUGCAGGAAGGAGGUGGUGAAGGUUUCGGAAGAAGAUGAGGAUGACGACGAGGAGGAUGAGAGGCUCCGGCAAGAGGAGGAUCGACGGACGGAGCUAAGGGCCAAGAAAAGAGGGGCCCAAGGGGAAGCCGAGCCAAACCUUCCUGACAGCGUACCUAAGAAGAAGAAGUACGCAGUUCGGUUGGAGGAGGGUUUCGAUGUGGAGCGAAUGGUGGAUAGGCUCCUAGAAGGUCAUAAUGACCUGAUGAACUUAAAGGAUAUUUUAACCUCAGCACCAAGGCUCCGUGACGGGCUGAAGGGGCGGCUCUCGCGCAGGCUAGUACCCAAUGUCUAUCUAAGUACGAUCCUGCCUAGGGAGGUAGAAUGGACUGAGGUAGGGACGAGAAUGAAAUGGAAGUGUGUGGCGUGUGGCCAGGUGGAUUUGGUGGUAAAGAACCAGAAGUGUACCGGGAUGGUGGACACGGACGCAAAAAUGAACAUCAUCAGGGAAAGAGAAGCAAUGAUGUUGGGGAUGGAGAUUGACCGUUCGGACCAUGGUAUGCUGCAUGGCGCUAACUGCAAAGCGGCUUUUUGUGGUACGACAUCGAAUGUGAUUAUAGAGAUUGGGAAAGUACGGGCGAUGACCUGCUUCUUCGUCAUGCCAGAUGUCGACCACUCCAUCCUCCUGGGGAGAUCGUUCCUGUGCCGCACAGAGACCCUGAUUUAUAAUAAGCACGAUGGAACGAUGAUCCUGCUCCUGUGCGAUCUGGCCUGCGGGAGCUAUGAGGUCAUUACUUGCCGGAACACGGGGCCAGGGAGUGGGAGGAACAAACCCAACCUUGGCUUGUUUACCUUCGAAGAAUCCGAGAACGAGCGGAGGAGGCUCUGGGAGGUGCCCGAGGAGGGAGGAGGGACUGAGGUGUUGACGCUAAGCCUUACUGAUGUCAAUAAGGCUAUGGAAGUGGUGGCAGCGCAUGACAUGGCAGACCCUGAGGCCAUUAAAGCGUUGAGGGAGCAGGUUCUAGAGAGCCCUCAGGUGGGAGAGGUGGAGCUGGUUUAUAGGCUUCCAAGUGGAAGGGGAGGUCCGACAAUGGCACAUGCGCGAACGGAUUUACAGCGGCUAAAUGCCGUGACAGUGCGUGAUGCGGGAGGAUUGUCAAACGCGGACGCAUUGUCAGAGUCGUGUGCAGGAGGGCCUAUAAUCUCGCUUAUAGACCUCUACUCUGGGUAUGACCAGUUUCCUGUAUACCCGCCAGACAGGCCGGUAACGGCGAUGCAUACGCCCAGGGGGCUAAUUCAUAUGAAUGUAGCCCCUCAGGGAUGGACGAAUGCAGUGGCAAUGGUUCAAAGGCAUAUGAUUAGAGCCAUGCAGACGGUCAGUCCACACAUCACCCAGCCUUAUAUCGAUGACUUGGCGGUUAAAGGCCCGAAGGAAAGGGAGGAAGACGAAGUGAUGCCCGACGUAAGACGUUUUGUUUGGAAGCACGUCCAAGACCUUGAUCAAGUCCUGAACUUUUUGGAAGAAUACAACCUUACGGCCAGUGGCCCAAAAUCUAAGCAUUGUAUGAGGGAGGCAACCAUCUUGGGUUUUGUCUGCAAUGAGAAUGGCCGGAGGCUUGAUGUGAAGAAGACGGACAAAAUCGUGGAAUGGCCAAUACCCUUCCGUUCGAUAACGGACGUAAGRAGCUUCCUUGGCACUUGCGGAUUCUGKAGAAGCUUCGUGAGGAACUUUGCCGCCAAGACUGAGCACCUAAGGAAGCUGGUGCGUCAAGACCAAGAAUGGGUUUGGGGUGGAGACCAAGAAGACGCUGUGAGGCUGAUGAAGGAAGAGUUUAAAGAAGGGGGUCUGGUGUUGGGGGCGCCAAACUACAAAGUCAUUGAGGAGAAGUCAUUCAUGAUUGAGACGAACGCGAUACCUACUGCCUUGGGAGGAGUUUUGGGAGACUUUGAUCAAAAGAACUCAUUCAGUCCUAUGGAAAGUGAGGACUUUAUUCCUGAAAGCCGGGAUGAUGAGUUCGAGGAACGAAAAAUCAAGGAAGCCUUUCGGGCAGAAGAGUAUGAUGGAAUCUACUUGGAGUUGGGGCUACUCCUGUCUUGUGAGAUGAGGGAUAGAGACGCGAGUGCCAAGGCGMAGAAGAUAAGGCACCUCUAUGUGGUAAGGGAUGAACAUUUGUUCAUAAAGCGACAGGUCGGGAACCCCAAAAGGAUUGUAUGUGAGAGGAACCGGCAAAUCGAUAUUAUAGCAGCCCUACACGAUGGUAUAGCAGGGGGGCACAGAGGGAUAGGUGCCACGUGCGCAAAGAUAAGCGAAUUGUACCAUUGGGAUAUGAUGCUGACUAUGGUCAUCAAGUACUGUCAGUCUUGUGUACCCUAUCAGGAGAGGUCGGCGCAAAGACCAGGGGAGCCUCUACACCCGAGGUUAGAGAGAGAAGUGGGUGCGGCUGCACACCUGGACCUGCUAUUCAUGCCAGCUGGGGAGAAUGGGUGUAAUUACAUCUUCGAUGCACGGGAUAACCUUACUGGGUUUGUGGACGGGCGAGCUAUCCGUACAAAAACUGACCCAGUUUUGACAAAUUGCAUCGAGGAGUAUUACUUGCGCUACCCCUUUGUCAAAGAGUUUGUGAUGGAUCAAGGAUCGGAGUUCACCUGUAACGAGGUGCGGACCUUGCUUGCGGGGUACGACGCAGUGGCAAACUAUACUACUGUCGCACACCCUCAGGCGAACGCACCUCUGGAAAGAGGGCACAGUACCAUCACGAAUCUCUUGGCCAACUGGACAGAAGGCAAACCUAGUCAGUGGCCGAAGUUCCUGCGAGCAGCUUUCUUCGUGGAGAAUGUCACGGUAAAGAGAACAACCAAGUACGCGCCAACCACGUUAUGGUAUGGGAGGCAUGCCACCUUUCCCAUAGAAAGCUUCAUGAAAGCCUGGAGGCGCCACGACUUGGAAGUAAAUCUGUCCUUCGAGGAGCUGCUCGAUAUCCGGGCUCGACAAGUGGGAGCUGCUGAAGAGAGAUUGCGAGAGGCCACCGGUCAGAUAGAAAGGAGCCGCAUGGAGGAUAAGAUGCGAUGGGACCAGAUGGCGCGAGUAAGGAAGGAGCCGUUGGCAGUGGUGGAUGUCUUAUUGCUAUAUGGCUCCUCCUUGGAAAAACAAUGGUCGAGGAAACUCGACAAAAGGUGGAUGGGGCCCUAUAGGAUCUUGCGGUGCGGCGAAUUCGGAGCUUACCAAGGAGCUGGACGGGACAGGAUGGCAGGAUUGGGUGUCCGACUUUUCGAAGACAGCCAUGCAGAGGGGCGGGAGGGACGCACGGCCAUGACAGAGGCCCCUGGUGACGUACGGGGUCCGUCGCCGAAGUUGCCAGAGGAGAGGGAGGCUGUACUGUUGAGGACGUGGCUCGAUAGGCUGGAGGCCCAUCUCGAUGUGUUCCAAUGGGGGACUUCGCAGCUGGGAGGAGAUCCGGUUGAACUGGCACAGUACGAGCCGGCAGAAGAGCCACCAGGCCCUGAGCCGGAAGCUGAGCCGCACGAGUCAGGGGAGCUACGGACCGAGGAGGUUAUUACCGUUGGGGACGAUACCCCUGUUCCCACCCCAAUCCCGGAGCAGCUAGCUGAGCAUGCGGCUGAGCACUUGGACACUGAGGUGCCGACACCCAAGGAGCCACCGCCAGAGUUACCGCCUGCAGGAGGGGGAGUGAGUGCGGGAGUCCCGCUGCGAGGGGGCCACGGGGCGCGAGCAGGGAGGCCAUCAGGGGAGACAGCUGAGGAAAAGUCCGUGAGGGUGCAGGCGCGCAUUGCUGAAAUAUACGAGAAGAAAGUUAGGAUGGAAGCUGCAGGAGAGGCGCCGACACCGCCGGUCGACCCCGGGACCAGUGAGCAGAGGGUUGGCGAGGCAUGGGCUAGAUACGAGGAUUGGAGGGAGGCCGCCCUCUUGAGGUCACGAGAGGCAGGACGGGAGGACGAGAGGGCGGACGAGGCACGGGAGACUGGGGACUUGGAAUUUUUAACCGCCAGGAUGGCGAUCGAGCGUACAGAUAGAAGGAUACGCCAGGCGGCGAUCGCGUUGUUUCAGCGUUACACCAUGCUUAGCGAUGAGCUGGCGGUCUCAAGGUUGGAGGUGGAGCAGCUAUCUACUCAACUCGCGGAAGAGAAGACGAAGAACCAAGCCUGGAAGUCUCGUAUGGAAGCCAAAGAAGCUGAAUGGGAAAGGAGGCUCCAAGAUAUGGCGGCGGCUGUGGAGAGACUUUCGGCCACCAAGGUGGUGGACUGGACGGAGCAGAGUCGAUAUGGUAUCCAGGGAGAGGAGGUGCAGGGACUCUUUGGCCAGGGAGGGACGACAGGGGGGAUGAAGAAGGUAUUCCUGGAUUCAGUGGAGGCGGAAGCAAGGCAGAAGACCGAGGAGAAGAGUUUCAGCUUCAGAGUUCCCACGGAGUUGGCCUCGUAGCAAGUGACCCCUAUGGUAAUUGAGACCCCCGCGGAGGAGCCAGCGCAGAGGCCCCAGUCGCCAGCAGCAGGAGGAAGUUCCGCGGAAAGGUCCCCUACGAUUCUAUUAGAAGU